GUUUCAGUAAGAGAAUAGUUUGUGUUUGUGUCCGUUUUUGUUUGCGGCGUUUUCGCAAAGCAAAAAAAGGCGUCAAAUUCCUACGUCGUUAGUGUACCAAAACUAAAGGCACGAGGAAAUUAUAGCGAAUGGUGCUUUGUUGUAGAGAAUUUUCUAGUGUUAGAAGGCAUGCUUGGGUGUAUCAAGUUGGAGCCUAAUCAACCACGUAUAGACGUUGCGGACAAUGCAAGAACCAAGGUGAAACUGAUUCUAACUAUAGAUCCGUCAAUUUACUUUCAUAUAAAAGAAAGUUAAAACUACAAAGGAUCUAUGGAAUAAACUUUAAUCUUUAAACGAUGAUUCUGCCUUUACAAGUCAUAUUUGAUUGUUAAGAAACUUGAUAUCAAUCAGAUUGGAAAAUAGUGCCUCGAUGAAUUUCUAUGUUACACAAAUUGUGAAAAUCGGCCAAAAAUUUGGCAGGAGCCGGCUUCAAUAUUAGUGACGAGUGGAUCGGUUCGUUAUUAUUAGCAGGAUUAACCGAGAAAUAUUCACCUAUGAUAGUGGCCAUUAAACAUUGUGGAAUGUCAAUUACGAUAGACGCCAUUAAAUCAAAGUUACUUGAUAUGGAACCGGAAGAGAAAGAGACAAAUAAUGCGCUGGCGAGCUUUCAACAAUACCAAUAUAAGAAAAGUGGCAAGUAUAUGUCCAAAAGGAAAUGCUAAACAUGGCGUCCAAGUGUCAAAACCAAACGUCAAUCAGAUUACGUGCUAUCGUUGUAAAUAAAUCGGUCACUAUCGAAAUCAAUGCAAAAACGUAAAUAAAAAUUCAACUAUCGAAACGGCACAACGUUUAUCCGGAAUGAGAAAGGAGGCUAGUUACACCAACAGCAGGCCACAGAACAAUUGAGGCAAUUCGUCCAAUCUUUAAGCAUUGAUAGGAAAAGAGAAGAAAAGGGCCGCUAACAUUCCGGCUCACACUGGUACUUACCGGAUACGGUUGUUUCGGUGCGAAUCUUCGGUCGUAGCUGCGAGGUUAUAGAUAUAGAGGUCCAUCGCCGAGCACACAAUCUCUACACUAUCCGGUUGCGCACCCGAUGACCGACCGAUUGCGACCAAGACCUGAAGCAUUCUUUUUGUUGUUUAUGUAUCUUUAUAUGUAUAUUCAUAUAUGUUAACUUAUUUACAUUUUCUCUGUUCACUGUCUACAUUUUUUAUGUAUCUAUCCUAUUUAAUUCCUUAAGAUUGUGUAUGAUUGACCUAAUAUGGUCUACCUAUGUACGCAAGAAGAUUGUAUCAAUGAUCGAGUUCAAACAUCUGUUUCUAUGCAUCCGAAAUCCUCAACGACAGCUUCUUACCUUGAUGUCGACAAUAAUGCAUUACAAUUCCUAUGAUGUUAAUUUUAGGGUAAGCACUAGAUACCUUCUUUUUUUAACUAAUUUUAAAUAGUUUUCUUCCUAAUGCCUCAACUUAAAUUUAUUUCUUUUUAGUUUUACCUACUUUUAUUGUUAUCAAUUGUUAUUCGAACUUAUGAAGUCAGAUUAUUUUGAGCUUCAAGUAACUGUCAGUUACAACAGUCCUUUUACUGGUCUAUCACAUACGCAGAUUCGUAAUUAAUCAAUGAGCCUUUUUGUUCUGGUGGUUGUUUAUCUAAGUGAUAUUUUGCUUGGAUGUAUGAUGUGUUUAUAGUGUACGAAGCUGUGUUAGUUGGUAUUAGUAUUUAAGGGGGUCUUCCUAUGUGAUGGGUUGAAAAAAUCGAUUUUCUUUUUCAUAAAUUGCUCCCUUAACAUGUCUAGAAUACGGUAGUAAAGCGAUUUUAGAAAAUUCGAAGUCGUUUUAAAGAUACAGCAGGUAAAAGGAAGAGCGGUUCGGAGCGCUGAGUUGGCAGUUAGAGCCCGGGCCUAUUGUGUACCGUCGGCUUUAUACGUGGCCUCCCUUUUAUUCAUAUAUCCGUUUAUACAAGUUUAGACACGUUUCUACAGACUUAAACAGAAAUUUCUAUUGUUAUAAUAUUUUACCGAAGUUAUUUUAGUCUUGGUUGAACUUCGAAGAGAGCAACAGCUACAAAUUAUUUUUUUUCAUAAUGAGUGGACGGAAAGGAAGUACGAGUGAAAAUGUUCAUCCUGGUCGUAGUAAAAAAAGAAAGUUUAGUGGAAACCGUUUUACCCACCAAAAUGAUACGGUAUUUACAUCAGCUUCGGCCAAUAAACUUAAAAAUAACAUGAACAUGGAGGUUCCCAUCGCUUCGAAUUUCGCAUAUUGCAUUUUGGAGUUUGUUUCUGUAUUUGCUGCAAUCUCUGAAAUAGUUAUAUGUAAAACUUGUAAAAGUGACGUGUCUAUUUCGCGAUCAAGUUUCCGAGGCCUAGGCUUUAAAAUUAUUUUAUCGUGUGAGUGUGAAAAACAGACAGUUAUAAACUCAGGCCCGUUGAUCGGAAAUGCAUUUGAGGUUAAUCGUCGGUUUGUAUUUGCGAUGCGAUUAUUGGGAGUUGGUCAAGAAGGAGUAAAUCUUUUCUGUAGCUUUAUGGACAUGUGUUCGGGUGUUGCAAAUUCUACUUAUACUGCACUACUGGAAAACAUUCAUAUUGCUACAUCUUCACUGUGUGAUACUUUAUUGGCAUUCGCUGUUACGCAAGAAAAAACUAUGAAUGAAAAAUCAGGAAAACCACAGGAUGAAUUGACUGUGUCAGGUGACGGUACUUGGAAGAAAAGAGGCUUUUCAUCUCUGCUCGGCGUAUCUACGUUGAUCGGCAAGUACACUGGGAAAGUUUUAGAUGUCAUGGUCAUGAGUAGUUUUUGUGGUGGAUGUAAUUUGUGGAAAAAAAAAAAAAAACAAAUCCUUUAGAAUACGAAAUGUGGUAUGAAACGCAUGUAGAUGAAUGCACCAUAAACCAUUCCGGAAGUUCCGGUAAAAUGGAAAUAAGUGCCAUCACGAAAAUGUUUCUGAGGUCUGUAGAAAAAUAUGGCGUAAAGUAUCUAACAUACAUUGGCGACGGUGACAGCAAAACUUUCAAGGGGAUCCUAGAUACUAAACCGUAUGGAGAUACUGCGGUAACAAAAAAAGAAUGUGUGGGUCACGUAGAAAAGAGGAUGGGAACACGACUUCGGGCUGUUAAAAAGGAUAAAACCAAUAAAGGAAUAGGAGGAAAAGGAGCAGGUAAACUUACUGAUAAAGUUAUCCAAGAAAUUACAAAAUUCUACGGAUUAGCAAUUCGACGCCAUCCAGAUUCGCUUGAAGAUAUGAGAAAGGAAGUUUGGGCAACGUACUAUCACAAAUGUUCUUCUGAUCAAAACCCUCAGCAUCAAUUUUGUCCAGAAGGCGAAGACAGUUGGUGUAAAUGGCGUAAGGCUGAAGCUAAUAAUGAACUGGACCAAUUUCAUCACGAUAAACCACCUCUAAUUCCGCAAGUCCAAGAAGCUAUCAAACCGGUUUUCGAAGAUUUAUCGAAAGACGAAUUAUUAAUUCGUUGUUUAGGAGCAGAGACACAAAACAAUAACGAAUCUUUGAAUUCUUUGAUUUGGACUUUCGCUCCUAAACAUCUUCAUUCUGGUCCCAAAAUUGUUGAAAUUGCUAGCUACUUAGCAGUUAUUAUCUUUAAUGAAGGUUUUCAAGGUAUUUUAAAAGUUAUGUCGAUUAUGGGAUGCCCUGUUGGUCGUGAAGCCCAAGCGUAUGUUGAGAAACGGGAUGAAAAGCGAAUCUUACGUUCUGAGCGGCGCGUAAGUGAUGUCGUUAAACAAGCCAGGAUUGACUCAAGAGCUGAACAAUCUGCUUUAAAAGAGUUUCACGAGGAAGAGGAAGGAAUACUCUAUGGACCAGGCAUCGCCGAUUGAGAGUAAGUUGAUAUUUUAAUAGUUUUUAACGGACUUGAAACUUUAAACGCGUUUUUCUCAAAACUGUGUUUUUCAAACUUUCCUCCAUUGUAUCUCAGAAACGGCUGGACCGAAUUACUUGAAAUUUACAGGGCACACUCAAUAUAUGUAAACGCAUGGAAUGAACUAUUAUCAAUCGAAAAUUUUCAAAACUUCGAUUUUUUUAUAGCAAAAAACAAAAAAAAAAACGCCUAAUUUGCAACUUUUAUUUCAAAUGUCUAUCAAAAAUCCAAUUUUUUUUAUAUUCAUUUGAUUAUAGGUCAUUCCGUGCUUUUAAGCCUACAAAUUAAAACGCCGUUUAUUUUUUUUUUUUCAGAUAAGCCGAUCAGCCGGAAUCGUGGAGGAAGUGGGAGCUCUUUUUUUCGAGGCGGGGGUGUUCAGAGCGCUGUAACUCUAGUUUGACUGAAUAUUUUUAGCUGAAAUUUUAUAUUUAUACUGUCCAAAUAUGUGUUAAUAAAUGAUAAAAAACUUGAA